AUGAUAAAGAAAAGGACUAUUAAACAACAAGUCUCCGACGACGACGAUGGGAUCAAGAAUGAACCGGAGGCUUACCGUCCAUAUACUGUUACUAAUAUCAAAAUCAAGAGAACAAAAUAUUCUACUUCUUUGGAUCCUCGAGGUUACAUUCCUGUAUAUGAAUUCACUAUUAAUGAUCAACCAAUUAUGUGGGAUCGAGAGAAUGGAUACGUUCAUUUUACUGGAAUAUGGAAAGCCCUCGGUAAUAAUAAAGCCGAUAUUGCUAGAUUAGUGGAUACUCAUCCGGAUUUAGCAUCAACUAUCAAGAAAGUUAGAGGAGGAUUUCUUAAAAUCCAAGGAACUUGGAUGCCAUAUGAAAAAGCAUAUGAGCUCUGUCGUCGGACAUGCUAUGCUGUUCGCGAAGAACUCGUUCCUUUGUUUGGA